AUGAUCCCCCCUUCAAGUGCCAAACGAAAUUGCAUUGAAUCGGAAUUACCAAACACCAAUCAACGAUACGGCAACCGAACAUUCUCGACAUUUACGCCAGCGGAACAAGAAGAACUUCGGCGUAAGGCUUCGAAGAUUUACGAAGGUGCCACAUUUCAAAGCUUUGAUGAAUUCGAAGAAUAUUUGGAAGCCUACAAAAUUGUAUGGAAUUAUCCGUACAGGAGAGCCAGUUCUGAACAUCUCCGAGAUGGCGAAGGACGUAUAAUUAACCGUUUCAAAUAUAAAUAUGUAGUGUUUCACUGCGCUCACUAUGGGCUUCCACGGGUUGGUAAACGUCCAAAUCAGAGUUACCUUCCAUUAGGUUGCCAAGCGAGAUUUCGUUUAAAUUCUGACACAACCAAUGGCUGUCUUCGGAUUUCGUCUUUCCACAAAGAACAUAAAAAUCACGACAGCACUGAAGAAGACUAUUUGCGCGUUAUAAACAAAAAGAGACGAUAUCUAACUAAAGAAACAACGCCCACAUAUGACAACAAUGAAGAAACAAUGUUAAACGUAAAUGAGCAUACAAAUGUUCGUGAUAUCGCAGAGAAUAUUUUUGCUCCCGUUCUUUCAUCGCCAGGAAAUUUCACUCUUCCAAGAUCAUUCCAAGAGAACUUUGCUUUUGUGCCAAUUAUUCAUUCCACAAUGAUGGAACAUGGAAUGCAGCAAAUGAUACAGCAGAAUACGGAUUUUAUUCUACAGCAAUUGUUCGCAAUUUGGUUAUCGUAUCGAUUACAUCGCAUAGAAUAUUUGAUUAUGAACGCUUAUAUCAUCAAUUGUGGACGAUACCUCCCACUGGAAGUAUACCUACCGUUUAUCUGUGGGAUAUAUGGCGCUGAUUAUCAUCUAUCGGAAUGGUCAAAUGCACAACUGAGAAAUGUUAUGGCAUUACUUCAGCAACCACCAGAGAUGCUGCUUCAGGGCUUAUUGCCUAGCGAUAUUUCAAUAAAUGAAGUAAAGCAAGUUCGACCGCCGGGCAUUCAACGUGCAAUCACGGCUAUCAGAGAAGAAAAACUGAAG